CAAUUGUUUUCGUUUAUAUGUUUCGAUGCCGUCAUCUCGAUUGCCGUUAUUCAUCACUUUGCCACGACGGAGAGGAGGGUCGCCGCACUGAAAGAGUUGGCAAGGGUGCUGCGAAUCGGGGGACGGCUUAUGGUGUCCGUGUGGGCGAUGGAACAGAGGCAUCGACGGUUCGAAUCUCAAGACGUGCUGGUGCCAUGGAGUCGACCAAUGAACUCGAGUAGCGAUGAUAAGACUUCAUCCAUAGAGAGAGACCUUAAUUCAACAACGACGACGUCUGAUGACGACGCAGCCACUCAUUAUCACGCUUACACCCAAACCUCUGAUUCGGAUCACUCUUUUCCUUCAUGCAGUGUCGGAGGACGUAAAAGAGGGCGAAAUCGGCAUCGCGGUCGUUCUAUUGAUCCCAUUUGUCCCAGCAGCUCACAAAGCAGCUCAGACCUGUCCAGUCCGAACGAGUCGUGCUAUACCUUCGUGCGAAAGGCUUUACAGAAAUUGGCUGGAACGCGUCGAAAUAGGGGCGGCCGGAGACCAUGGUUUCUUCAAGGGUUGGACAUUCCCAUGGACGAGGAUAACCACCAUUUCGGCUCUUUAGAAGAAGACGCGGUGGAGGCGCUCGAGUACAGAAAUAACUAUGGGAAUCUGCCAAUCAACAAUUUCAUGCCGAUUGAACUUCGUCAAUUGGAGUCAUCAGAUUAUGCAGAGCUUUUCCAACUACAAGGAAGUCUGGAUGGGGGCAUGGUGAAGACGAGCAACUCGAAACCACCAGGACUGUUGUUCUCCAAUAUUCUCUAUCCACGAAGACGUACUUUGGAGACGACUUGCGAAUUGCAACCAUCCUCCAGCUCUGGCGGGACUGUUCAGCCCAAGUCUAAAAGCUUGAGUGACUUGUUUGGUCUAAUUCCUGGUGGAAUUUUGCGUUCUCAAAGGAAAUCCGCAGAAGAUAUUGAGAAUGCCCGGGCUGAGAUGCAACUUAAGAUUCAAUUGACUGGAGUUGCAGCUGGGACCCGUUCGACCUCCUCCCUUUCGGGUGGCUUCUCUCCAACCGACUUUCCUGAAGGCGUUUCACACAAAGCCGUACAGACGGACAUGGUGAACAGUAGUUUAGAAUCGUUGGGAGACAGACCAGAUUAUCACUUUGAGUGUUGUGGUUGUGGUGAAAGUGUCGGAAAUGGGAACAACAACAAGCUGCGACCAGUUCUGGUCAAACAGAAGCAAUCAGUCUGCUCUCCAUCUGCAUCUGGUGACGAGAACACUGGGUCCCAUAAUCAUGACCAUCAAGCAUCCGUCACUGGUGCAGGAGGGGACGGAGAGUCGUCAUCUCUUUGUUGGGGCGAAAUGAAAAAAUCGGUACGGGAUUUGCCAGAGUUGAAGAGACACCCCUCAAACACGCUCCAAGUACCCCCGACCACACGGACUGGUGGUCUCGGGCUGGGAUCCUCAUUCUGGAAACAAUCCUCCCUUAAUGAAGAGCUCAUUUUCUCCGAGAGACUCAAGGAGAAGCAACUUCUCAAGCAGCAAGUGCAGAAGCAGAGCUCUCUUAAUGAGGAAUUGAUUUACAAACAGAGGAGAGAAAACACGAGAUGGGACGCCAUGAAAGAAGCCAUCCUAAAUUCGUCUAAUGUGAAAUGUCUCCAGUUGAUCAGGGAUGGAAUAAGUUCCCGAUUUCGUAGUAGUAGCAACGAUGCGGGAUUAGGGGGGACGGGACAACAGAAUGGAAAUGGUUCUGGAUCUGGAAGUGGUGGAGAUCGGAGUAGCUCAGAACACUCCUGCUCCAACAGUGAGGGUCAUACGCCUAGUCCUACAAAUGUAGGAUAUAAUAAGUACAACAACCAGAGGCCAUGCCCCCCGCCCCCAGGACCACCACCGUCAGCCUCUACCUCCAUUCGAAAUGGGAUUGUGAGAAUGCUACAAAAUUGGAAGCAGGGUGAAGUGGUCGACCCUCGAGUAAGUAAUCCAUCUCUGUCAUUCGGAGGAAGACGCGACUCCACGCAAGGACCACAACGGGCCACAUCUCGGGGCCUAUUUCCACCCUUUUUUCUCAGAAGGAGUUCGGCAGGUUCUCUAAAUCUGAGCAAGGAUCAUCACCCCAUGUCAUCCUCGAAAGUGCUGUCUCCACCUCAUCUCCUUAAACGCAGACCAUCAGAGAAUGAAAUUGUCCAUGACGGAGUUGCCGGCGGAGCUUCUAACGGAAAUAAGCUGCUCCCGGGUGUGAGACAUAUUCGAAAGUUGUCAUAUUCGAAAGAUACAGGUUCUGAUUCCUCGAAAGAUUCCAGCUUCCAGUCUGAUACGAGUGUCGAUUCUGAAGACUCUUUUGCGAGUGUGAUAUUCAUUCCAAAUAACAAAUCAGGAGGAUUGGAUGGAACGGGACAAGGAGAUUCUUGCUUCACAUUUAAUGCAGAAACUAGAGCAAACUCUACUGAUUCGGAUCGCUCCCCAAAAUCACCAGCAUCACGACUUUCUCCUCCAAAUCAUAACAGUAAUUUACCUAAAAGCCCGAGUCCUUUGGCUUCAGAAUUGCUGACAAGGAGACGAAGCCCGGAAGUGAGUCCUACCAAGUUUGGCGCAGUUGCUGGUGGACAAGGAGGUGCUAUGACAAUGAUGACGGCAAACAGUAUUAGCAGUAGGGAAACGUCCCCAUCGAAAUUCGUUUUUGAUGAUGCUACCACGUUAUUAUCUCCGGGACCAGGUGGCAGUGGUGGUUAUCACAGUUCGGGUGAUGGCACAGACUUACUCGUGGUCACGAAUCGGGAAGAUGAGCACAUUUCAAACAAUAAGAAUUUGACGGAAGAAGUCGUCAGAGUUCCAAGGUUGCCAUUCAUCCAAACGGACCAAAUACCACUUUUACCCAGCCGUAGCAAAUCUCCCUUGUUACCCCUUUUGUUGGAAUCACCCCCAGUCACAGUCUCCACCACUAUUUCGUCCUCAACAUUUAGCAGGAAGAAAGUGGAACGGAUCGAGGUUCUUCGGAAACCUGGCGUGCUUCCUGAGGGCAACAAGGUUACGAGGCAACAAGUUCGGCGAAGCCUACCGAAAUCAUUAGCUGUAGAAUUGUUCAAUCCAGAAACGGACGAUGCAGACACUUCUGACACGUCUUCAUCAUCGCCAAACUCUGUUAGUUCGGUUGUCAGUGUAGUAAAUGAGGAAUCACAACCACUUCAACUCCCAGUACCCGAAAAAGAGCAACCAUCCAGUACUACUACAAACAAUGCAAUGCCGUCAUCCAACCUGGAUGAUUUUCAGCCAACCGAACUCACCUCAAUAAUGGAGGAGACUAUAGUACCAUCGGUGAAUAAGAUUAGCCACCAACUACCCCCCACUGUUGAGGAUGAAUUACAAAGCCAUGCUGCGAAGCAAACGGUGCCUUCAUCGUCAAGAAAAUCCUCUUCAUCCAAUAUACUAGAGGCAGCAGCCAACAUGGUUUCCUCUCUGGAAGGCUUAGUAUCUUCCUCCACCUCCUCCAGCCCACCUGGAAGUCGGAGAAAGUUGACCCUGGCCAAACUAGGUUCCACUUCAGAAUGGCUAAUUUCUCUUCCACAUGACUUCGGCGUGACUCGAGCUGGUGGUGGAAGUUGUAGCGGCGGUGGAGGUGGCGGCUCAUCAGCAUCAUCCUCAACCUCAUCUUCUGGACAAGGACCCCUUCGCAAACUCUCCUCUCUAGAACGUCGACACGCUGCCGGCAGCAGUGGAGAAAAACUCUGGGUGGGAGAUGUUAAAAAAUACGCACACAAAGGACCAGACGCGAAAUGGCCCACCUCGAUUAUGGACGACUCACCCCCACCAUCUGCCUAUAUCAAUAAGCCCGAAGAUGUCACUCCCAUCCCUUCCACAUCCUCCAUCCCCAAUACUUCCGAUUGUGCAGAAAUGACUGCCAAACUUUUGGAAGAAAUGGAAGAAGGAGACUCUUUAUUUGAUUCUAUCGAAAAUUUGUCCACGUCUCGCCAACACCCUUCACGAAAUCCCUCAAUUGACUCCAGCGUCCGCAUGUCAUCUACCUGCUCCUGUUCAAUUCGUGGAGGAGAAAGUUUCGAGUCCUGGUCCUCUGCCAAAUCCUCCUUAACAAAUUCGUCAUCCACGCACCAUCCUCUGCAACCCAUCAUCCCACUGCCCCCACAACACAUGAAGGCUUUCCCCACCAUAAUCCCACUCUAUCAGCCUCGGCCCAGCAGUAAUAAUCACAACAACCAAGUACAGCACCCCAGUGGAAGUGGUUCCUCGUCCUCCAGAAUGCGGCAUCAAGGGGGGCAUAGUUCCAAGUCAUCAUACGCAGCUGGGGAAGAGGACACUGAAAAUUCCACCCAUCUGACCUAUCAUCGCUAUUACCAUGUCUUUCGGGAAGGAGAACUCGACAAGUUGAUUGAAAAAUAUGUUCAAAAUCUUCACAUUAUUUCAUCUUAUUAUGACCAUGCGAAUUGGUGCAUUAUUGCAGAAAAGGUGCAGGUUUGGACCAUUUAAUAGUAUACAUGGACAACUUUUUUCCUAUACAUACGCACUUCUUCUCCUCCUUUACAAUUACCAAGGAAUGGAACGAAACUCUUAAUUGUGAUAUCUUUGUAAUAGAACUUCUUAAACAACUAUAUGGGUUAUUAAAUAUGGGUUUGUUUAACAAAUUUGUUAUGUACAAUUCCAUACUCUUAAAAAAUAUCAUAUUCAAGAAAUAAAAUCGCAGUACAGAUAGCAUAAUAAAAUGUAAUAAAUAUUAAAUUGUUAGUAUAUGUAAUUGCGUAGUUGAAGAAGAAAACAUACGCUCAUAUUCAUAAGAUUUUAAACAGCAGAUACGCGUUUAUGUAACAAUCAUGAAACAAUCUGUACCAUAUAUUUAAACUUAUCGAGAAAUUAUCGUCCUUUAUUAUGUAUCAUUGUAGUUCAUACUGUGACGAUUUUCAAAUAUUUACUAAUACAUCUCGACACAUUCGCAUGUUACGCAUGAUAAAUUGACGAAACUUAUUUCCUUUCCUCUGACCAAUGUCGUAAUAAUCCAGAUAUAAAAUGUCGUCGUUUUCGAAAUUAUACAUUUUAACUCAUUUUCUUAUUAAAGUUAAAGUUAAAAACCUAAUUUUCAUAUCGUAUUUAUAUAAAAUAGUGCAGUAGUUUGUUUGAUGGAUUUUAUAAAAAUAGGACUGGCCCCUCUCCACAAACAAGUGUUUCUGACUAUCACCUUGCAAAAAAUUACAAAUUUUUAUCUUAACAAAUGCACAAGACAAGAAAUGCGAAAAGGACACGAACAUUUCCUUUUUACACUGUACAUGCAUAUUAAAUGCUAUACACAUUAAACUGAUUACAUUUAUUAAGCCUCCUUCUUAAAUACGAAUGUGAUUUAAUUGUGAUUUGUUAUUUAAUUGAACUGUAGAUAGCAGAAAAAUAUGUUGCUUAAACUUUCCAAACUCAUAUAAUACAUAAAUCGUAGCAUUGAUAACAAAUGUUUCACUGUAAAAAAAACUAAAAUUAAUUUGUAAAUUUUCCUAAUUCUUCUAUGUAUAUAGUAAAUAAAAACAAACUAUUAUGUAGUAAUAUAAACGUUUAUCCAUGAAUCAUAAUAAUCCAAAUAAAAGAUUACUUAAAAUA